AUGGUCUAUGCAAUACGUAAGUUUGCCAUUUCAUCUAAAAACACUCAUAAGUAUGUGACCACUCGUUCUUUUAAAUACUUUAACUCAAAUGUCUUCAGAGAAGACCUAAAGUCAGCUCCCUGGGAUACCCUAAGAAAUUGCACUACUCCCGAUGAAAUGGUUGAAAUCUGGGAAUAUAUGUUCUUAAAAAUAGCUGACGCUCAUGCGCCCAUAAGAACGCGGCGAGUAAGAAAUAAAAAAUCCCCUUGGAUUACUGGGUCGAAAUAGACUGAAAAGGCAGGUUAUAUUAACAAAACAGCCGUCUAUCUGGGAUAAAUAUAGAAAAGGAAGAAAUAGAAUAUAUAAUGAGAUUAAAAUGGCGAAAGCAAAUUAUUAUAAAUCAGAAGUGGAACUAAAUGUGGGUAACCCGAAGGAAAUAUGGAGGACAAUCAAUGAGUUAACAUAUCGUAAGUGCACAAGUAAUCUUUCAAUAAGUGAACUAAAAAGUGGUGAUAAUUCCUUCACAAAACCCGCAGAAAUAUGUGAGAUUUUAAAUGACCAUUUUACAUCUGUCGGUCCAAACCUAGCCUCAACAUUGCCUAGUGGAAAUACAAGUUUUGACUCAUACAUAAAGCCUGUUUCCACGACUUUUAAUUUAGAACAUACCUCUGCCAUUGAAGUUUUAAAGUUACUAGCUAAAUUAUCUCCGAACAAGGCCACUGGCCACUGGCCUUGA